AUGCUGCUCGCAAUUCUAGUGUUCGUUUUGGGAAGCUGCAUUGCCGUACUUCUGGUGCGGGAUUAUCAGUCCAAGCGUACGGAUGGAUACCGCGCGGCACAGCUCUAUCCAGGUGGAAUGAUGAUCCCGGUGUUUGGAAACUUGUUGGAGUUGCUGUUCAAAAAUCCAGUGCAAACAUUUCUGUACGCACGUAAAAAUGCCCUCCGGUACAGCGCAUCCUAUCGUCAGUGGAUCGAUGGGAAGGUGAUUCUGAACAUCAUCCGCACGCGGGAAGCGGAAAAGAUCCUAUCCAGUACGCAGCACACGCGCAAGAGCAUCCUGUACAAGUUCCUCCAUCCGCUGAUGGGCGAUGGUUUGCUGUGCAGCAAAGGAGCCAAAUGGCAACAGCGCAGACGGAUUCUGACGCCCGCGUUCCACUUCAACAUACUGCCGAAGUUUUUGGUAAUUUUUCAGGAAGAAAGCGAAAAGCUCGUCCAACAGCUGGGGCCCUUUGCGGACGGUGCCCGAGACGUUGUCCUACAGCCGGUGAUAACCAGUUUUACGCUGCACACAAUUUGUGAAACGGCAAUGGGCGUUAAGCUAGACGCGUACAACGAGGCCGACGAAUACAAGAAGAAAGUGUACGAAGUCGGUGAGAUGCUUGUCCACCGGACCAUGUCACCGUGGUUGUACAGUGAUCGGAUCUACAACCUUCUGGGGUACGAUGGGCCGCUCGCCGAGUCCUUGAAACCGAUUCAUCACUUCACCCGCAGUAUCAUACACCAAAGGCGCCAGGGCUUCCAUGAGAACCAACAAGCUACGGAUGUUGUAGCCGCACAGGAGAAUAUAUAUUUUGGUAGCAAACAACGAUACGCCAUGCUGGACACGCUACUGGCAGCGGAAGCGAAGCAACAAAUCGACGAAGAAGGUAUACGAGAAGAGGUGGACACGUUCAUGUUUGAAGGGCACGAUACGACGGCAGCGGCCAUCAUGUUCACUAUCCUUUUGCUUGCAACCGAACACGAUGCGCAGGAGCGUUGUUACGCCGAGGUGAAAGAUUUACUCGAUCGACUUUCUCCGCAGCAUGUCAAAAGCAUACGACCAUCAGUUCAAGACUACCAGAGCCUACCCUACCUGGACCGUGUUAUCAAGGAAUCGCUUCGUCUCUAUCCACCGGUGGCAUUCAUUUCCCGGGCAACCACCGGGCAGUUAGUUGUUGACGAUGCCAGCUUUCCCCACAACACAAUCAGCCACAUCCAUAUCUUCGACCUGCACCGCGACCCGGAACAGUUUCCCGAUCCCGAGCGAUUCGAUCCCGAUCGAUUCCUUCCCGAGGUGGCCGAAAAACGAAACCCCUACGCCUACGUUCCGUUCAGUGCCGGACCAAGAAAUUGCAUCGGACAGAAGUUUGCCAUGUUGGAAAUCAAAACGGUUCUUAUGUGUCUGCUACAGCAUUUUCGAUUUAAACCGAUCACCAGAAGGGAGGAGAUUGUGUUCAUGGCCGAUCUGGUUUUGCGUGCAAAGACGCCCCUCAAGGUAGGAUUGGAGCGAAGAUCAGCCGAGAAAAGAUCUUAA